CUAGCAAGGCUUCUACCACGCGUUGUUGUAUAUCUGUCUCAUUAUCGGUGCGGUGACUGUCGCCACACUAAAAGAGUGAUUGAUAUUUUUAAUUUAUGAAGGAUAUUCACCUUGUGAGAAGUGAAAUUGUAAGCCGUCAUUUGUGAUAAAUUGUUCACGGACUCCACUUCAACUUCGACUGUCAGACUCACACACGGAAGCGAAAGUAAAACGCCUGUACGUGUCCAAGUUAUGAGCUCCUCGCGUUUUAAGGCACUUUUACUGGACAUUUCCAGAGAGCUUACCGCGGAACAGCUCGAAUGUAUCAAGUAUCUGUGUGAGCACAAGGUUGGACGAAGGGUGUCGGAAACGAUCGACAGCGGAUUCAGACUUUUCCAAUGUUUGAUCGAGAGAGGUGAACUCGAUCAAGAAAAUCGAGAGACGCUGUCGGAGCUUCUCAAACAAAUUCAUCGACAGGAUUUGUCGGACAAGUUGAACAGCUUCCAGUCACCACCGCACGAAUGUGCCUUGACCCAGCCAAGUGAACCAGAGAGAGCCAAGCUGGACAUUGCCACAAAUGUGAUUGCUGAAAACCUGGGUCGGAACUGGCGGAGAUUAGGACGACAGCUGGGCCUGAGCGAAAGUAAACUGGAUUCCGUCUCGACGAGACAUCCGAACGAUUUGGAUGAGACUGCCAGAGAGCUGCUGAAGGAAUGGCGCAAGAGUCGUGGAUCCGAGGUCUGCGCUAAUGACUUAAUUAGGGCUCUCAGGGCAUGCCACCAAAAUCUCACUGCUGAUAAAGUGGAGGAUGCCUGGAUGAUACCUCAAUAGAGAGCCAAAGACGUAUUAAUAAUUAACCCAUGUAUAUAAUACAGCAGAUUUGCCUUCAAUUAGAGAAUGUUUUAAGAUAUAUGUGCACAUAACAUAAUCUAAGAUUGUUAGACAGACCAGUAUAUUUACAGUAUGUGCACAGUAUUUUUUCUUCCAUUUGAAUUGAUCAUCUGUCAGUCUUUUGUUCUUGGUAAGUGAAAUCAACAAAACAUGAAACAAACCAAUUUUCCCACCAAUACGUGUCAUUCAUGUGCAAAUGUUUUGCUGCAAUAAAAUGCAAAUUAUUUCCAAAUUUUAGUUUUUUUU